AUGGCACAGGAACCUAUCAUCCACGACUUCUUUGAGCCGGUGACAGGCACGUGGCAGUACAUCGUCGCGGAUCCCUCCACCCAAGCCGCCGUGAUCAUUGACUCUGUUCUCGAUUUUGACCCGGCGAAGAGCGCCGUCUCCACCAAGACGGCCGAAGGCCUUCUUGAUGUCCUUCGAGAGAAGUGUUAUAACGUGGUCGGUAUUCUUGAGACGCACAUCCACGCCGACCACCUGACGGCUUCCAAGUAUCUGCAGUCCCGGCUGCGAGAUGCGCAGAACGGCGUUGCUCCAGACAUCUGCAUAGGCAGACGCGUAGGAAUCGUUCAGGCGAGGUUUGGUGAGAGAUACGGGAUUGCAAAGGAUGAAUACGUCAACGCCUUUGACCGGUUGCUCGACGACGACGAGGUCUUUGGAAUCGGAGACCUCGAGGCCAGAGCUCUCCACCUGCCGGGCCAUACCCCAGAUCACAUGGGAUACAUGAUCGGAUGCAAGGCUGAACCCGCAACAGCAAACGUGUUCGUAGGCGACUCCCUCUUCAACCACGACGUCGGCUCCGCACGCUGCGACUUCCCGGGAGGCAGCGCCCGAGACAUGUUCGCAACGACGCGGCGGCUGCUGAACAUGCCGGAAGACACAAAGAUGUGGACCGGACACGACUACCCGCCAGCCGGCCGUGGCCCUCUAGCGGCGACGAACGUUGCCAGGCAAAGGACCGAAAACAAGCACCUCGCCCGGAACGUGACAGAGGCCGAGUUUGUCAAGUGGCGCGAGGAGCGCGAUUCUGGGCUCGGCGAGCCCAGGCUGAUGCACUGGGCGCUGCAGGUCAAUAUAAGGGCAGGUAGUAUGCCCAAGCCGAACAAGCAUGGGGAUCAUCUGCUGCAUGCACCUACCAUCAGGAUGCAGGGAGUGACUUGGUGA